AAGUUCCGACCCCAUCUGAGAGCCAGCUGCUUCGUGUUGCCGUUUUCAGCCAUGGAUUCAACGUUUAGCAGCCACAGUAUCCGUUUAACGACAAGCAAAUAAACAUCACACGGUGUAAGAACGAAGCCGAACAGGUCAUACUGAAUUGCAGUCAGGUGUGCUGGCCAAUGAAUGCAAAGUGUCAAGAAGAUCAAACUUUGUAACAAAAAAGAGGGCAUCUGGAAAAGUUGUAUAACUGUGAGCACGAUGGCCGUGGAUGGACUUUCGGACAGCACUGAGGUGGUAGAGAUGGAGGACGUGCCACCUCAGUUCUUUGUGGAGAAACAUUCUUGGGAGGGUCUCCGAGACAUCAUCCACUGCAGCAGGAAAUACUCGGGUAUGAUUGCCAACAAGGCCCCCCACGACUUCCAGUUUGUGCAGAAAGCAGAGGAGAAUGGACCCCACUCCCACCGGCUGUACUACCUUGGAAUGCCUUAUGGAAGCAGAGAGAAUUCAUUACUCUACUCAGAAAUCCCCAAAAAGAUCCGGAAAGAGGCCCUCUUAGUGUUGUCAUGGAAACAGAUGCUGGAUCACUUCCAGGCCACGCCACACCAGGGCGCCUACUCUCGAGAGGAGGAGCUGCUGAGAGAGCGUAAGCGCCUGGGCGCGUUUGGCAUCACGUCGUACGACUACCACGCAAAGACCGGCCUCUUCCUGUUCCAAGCCAGCAAUAGUCUCUUCUAUUGUCAAGAUGGCGGCAACAACGGCUUCAUCCAGUCGGCUCCUGUAAAGCCUGUGGAGAUAAAGAGCCAGUGCUCAGGAACACGCAUGGACCCCAAGAUCUGCCCCGGACACCCCGAUUUUAUAGCCUUCAUCAACAACAACGACCUGUGGGUUGCCAACAUUAAAACGGGCGAGGAAAGGAGACUCACAUACUGUCAUAAAGGUUCAGACAACGUUAAAGACGACCCAAAGUCUGCAGGCGUAGCCACGUUUGUCAUCCAGGAAGAGUUUGAUCGUUUUACUGGUUACUGGUGGAGUCCCUCAGCAGCAGAAGGCCCAGAUGAAGGUAAAACAAUGUACCUUCUGUAUGAAGAGGUGGAUGAGACGGAAGUGGAAAUUAUUCAUGUUCCAUCUCCUGCCCUGGAGGAGAGGAAGGCAGAUGCGUACAGAUACCCUCGUACAGGCAGCAAAAACCCCCAGGCUACCCUUAAGAUAUCAGAAAUUAAGACAGAUCAUCAAGGAAGAAUUGUAAGUAUACAAGAUAAAGAGCUGGUCAUCCCCUUCAGCUCUUUGUUUCCUGGAACAGAAUACAUUACCAGAGCAGGGUGGACGAGCGAUGGAAAAUAUGGUUGGGCAGUUCUGUUGGAUCGCAGUCAGAGGAAACUGCAGCUGGUCCUGCUGCCUCCAGCCCUCUUUAUUCCUGUCUCAGAUGACCCGGCUCUGAGGCAGGAGUGUCUGGAGGCCGUGCCCAGUAGCACACAACCCUACAUUAUCUACGAGGAGACCACAGACAUCUGGAUAAAUGUUCAUGAUAUUUUCUAUCCCUUUAUUCAAACAACAGAAGAUGAGUUUACUUUCAUUUGGGUGAAUGAGUCUAAAACAGGUUUCAGCCACUUGUAUAAAAUCACAUCAUUGCUACAGCCAGGCUGCCACCGCUGGACAGAGGGCUACCGUCACGUCGAGGGAAACUUUAAAUGUGCAAUCAAAGUGGAGGUUACACUGACCUGUGGAGAAUGGGAGGUUCUGGCAAGACACGGUUCCAAGAUCUGGGUGAACGAGGAAACAAAGCUGGUGUUCUUCCAAGGCACCAGAGACACACCUUUGGAGCACCACCUGUACGUGGUCAGCUACGAGUCACCUGGAGACGUGAUCAGAUUGACCAAGCCUGGUUUCUCUCACAGCUGCUGUGUUAGUCAGAACUUUGACUUUUUUGUGAGCCACUACAGUAACGUGAGCACCCCUCCCUGUGUCCAUUUGUACAAACUGAGCAGCUCAGAAGACGACCCACUCCACAUGGUCCCCGAGUUCUGGGCUAGUCUCAUGGAGUCACCAGGUUGCCCCGGAGAUUACAAUCCUCCAGAGAUUUUUGACUUUCCAGGGAAGUCUGGCUUCCAGCUGUAUGGGAUGGUGUACAAGCCUCACAGCCUGCAGCCUGGCAGGAAACACCCCACGGUCCUCUUUGUGUACGGGGGUCCACAGGUGCAGCUGGUUAACAACUCCUUUAAGGGGAUGAAGUACCUCCGACUCAACACUCUGGCCGCUCUUGGAUAUGCUGUGGUCAUCAUUGAUGGGAGGGGUUCCUGUCAGAGGGGGCUCGAGUUCGAGGGAGCACUAAAAAACAAAAUGGGUCAGGUGGAGAUUGAAGACCAGGUGGAGGGGCUGCAGUAUGUGGCAGACAAGUUUAACUUUGUGGAUCUGAGUCGCAUCGCCAUCCACGGCUGGUCGUACGGAGGCUUCCUGUCUCUUAUGGGCCUCAUCCAGCGACCCAACAUUUUCAAGCUGGCGAUAGCCGGCGCUCCGGUGACCGUGUGGAUGGCCUACGACACGGGCUACACAGAGCGUUACAUGGACGUGCCUGAGAACAACCAGCAGGGCUACGAGGAGGGAUCUGUGGCGCUGCACGUGGACAAGCUGCCUAGCGAGCCCAAUCGGUUGCUUAUUCUCCACGGCUUUCUAGAUGAGAAUGUGCACUUUUUCCACACCAACUUCCUGGUGUCGCAGAUAAUCCGUGCUGGAAAGCCUUACCAGCUUCAGGUCUACCCCAACGAGCGACACAGUAUCCGCUGCCCAGAGUCUGGAGAACACUAUGAGAUAAUGCUGCUGCACUUUCUACAACAAUACCUCUAAAACGAGACUUUAAGGGGGAAGCCAAGUCCUCUGUUCCCCUCCAGCAGUUAUCCCUUGCAAGCUUCUUGUCUUAAACCAUACCCAGCGUUUCAUUGUUAUCAAAGAUCCAUUAGACCUUGAGCUGAUCCAUCUCACACUUACACCUCCUCGCGCC